AGGCAACUAGGGCCGGGCGCCCUCAGUACUGAAGGGAGGCGGCGGGCCCGGGUCAGGGGCCUCGAGAUCGGGCUUGGGCCCAGAGUAUGUUCCAGAUCCCAGAAUUUGAGCCGAGUGAGCAGGAAGACUCCAGCUCUGCAGAUAGGGGCCUGGGCCCCAGCCCUGCGGGGGACCGGCCCCCAGGCCCCGGCAAGCGUCGCUGCCCCGCCCCAGGUCUCCUGGGGGACGCCAGUCAUCAGCAGGGGCAGGCAACCAGCAGCACCCACCAUGGAGGCGCUGGAGCUGUGGAGACCCGGAGCCGCCACAGCUCGUACCCAGAGGGAACCGAGGUGGAUGAAGGGCUGGAGGAGGAGCCCAGCCCCUUCCGGGGCCGCUCGCGCUCGGCUCCCCCCAACCUCUGGGCUGCACAGCGCUACGGCCGCGAGCUCCGGAGGAUGAGCGACGAGUUCCAGGGCUCCUUCAAGGGACUUCCUCGCCCAAAGAGCGCGGGCACAGCGACGCAGAUGCGGCAAAGCUCAAGUUGGACGCGCAUCAUCCAGGCCUGGUGGGAUCGGAACUUGGGGAGAGGAGGCUCCGCCCCCUCCCAGUGACCUUCCGUCCCGCAUUCCCGAAACCCCACCCCUUCCCGUCGCCGUUGGCGGCCAUCUUGGGUGUGGGCGGAAGUCUUUUCCGCAGGCCUUAUGCAAGAACAUGAUCAUUCUGUCCCUGUCGGAGGGAGGCGGCCUGACCCAGAGCCCUAUUCCUUUCCGGUGUGUGCGCGAACCAGGGAGCGUUCGGCCCUAUUAGGAGUUCGGCAGUUUUUUCGCCCUUACCCGCCGGAAGGGGCUCCGUGCCCCGCUCUCCGGCGCUGGGCUGCCCUCAGGCUCCUGCGUCAAUUUACAAGCCGGGAUUAACUGUUCCUUCUCCAGAACCCCUUUCCCCGCGGUGACCCUGCGGACCGACGCUCGCGACUGAAUGUGCUAAUAAAGCCCGCGUCAGUGCCA